AUGACCGGUAAAAGGAGUGAGGAUUACAAGCGAGUUUUUGAAAUUAUUCGAUCAUAUGUAACAAUCUCUCCUGAUUUUAUAAUGACCGAUUUUGAGUUAUCGGCAAUCAAUGCAUUCAAAUCGGUCUUCCCGUUAACGAAACAAAGAGGAUGUUUAUUUCAUUUUGGUCAAAGUUUUUGGAGAAAAAUACAAAGGUUUCCAGAAAUAUCAAUGCAAUAUAAAACCAAUACACAAUUUUGUUUAUUUUUAAAAAUGAUGGUAUGUUUGGCCUAUGUGCCAGAAACAGAUGUUACAAUGGCUUUUGAGACAUUAAUAAUGUCUCCGUUUUAUCAAGAAAAUGUUAUUUUACAGCCGAUUAUUGAUUAUUUUGAAAACACAUAUAUAGGGAAAUCUUAUGGGAGGGAAAGAUUAAUCCCAAUUUUUCCCAUUCCCUUAUGGAAUUGCUAUAAUUCCACACUUAAUGGCGACGCGAAUACAAAUAAUUCUGUGGAGGGAUGGCACAGGAGUUUUAAUUCAUUGCUGACUUCCUAUCAUCCUACAAUAUGGAGAUUUAUAACAGGACUUAAAAAGCAACAAAGCUUAACUGAGUUAAAAAUUGUCCAACUACAAGGAGGUGAUGAUGAAGCUUCUCCAAGAAAAAAAUACCGGAAUCUCUCAGAAAGACUAAAAAGAAUAGUAUCAGAUUACAGAAAUCGCGAUAUUUUAUCGUACUUGAAGGGCCUAGCAUCCAAUAUUAAUUUAAAUAUAUAA